UCGUGGCUACAUUGAUGGCCGUUCCCACCUCGAGCUAGCUUCACGUACUUAAAUAGGUUAUCUGACGUAUGUCAAGCUUUUUGUCAACGAAAUUUAUUAUUUAAGUCGAGCGAGCGCGAGUCGUCUCGCGACGUUUUCACGAACGAUCUGUCCGCGCGUACGGAAUCAAUUGACGAGUCAGCCAAACAUGCGGUGGUAGUGAUGCGCUUAAAGGGGAAAAAUAAUACAAAAUCAUUCUACAGCGUCUACAGGGUGCUUUCUCGUUUAUGCCGUUCUGUGGAUAAAGCACAUCUUGAUGGUUUCAUGGCUGAUGGAGUGGCGCCGACUCUGAAAAAUGGCCACAAUUCUAAUAUGGAUUUUGCUAAUCAACCGGUGAAGCAGUCCUCUGAUGUGUCCAGUGUCGUUUAUGCCGUGGGUCACUAUCCCCCGAAGCUUUUACAUAAUCUCAAUGCACAGAGGUUGGACAACAAGUUCAGCGAUGUGGGAUUGGUGGCAGGCGACACCGUCAUCAGGGCACAUAGAUCAGUUUUGGCCGCCGGUAGCGCCUACUUCAACGCCAUGUUUACUGUCGGCUUGGUCGAGGAACAACAGGAGCUUGUGGAGAUCCAUUCAGUCUCCCCUCACAUUCUAUCUCAGUUGGUAGACUUUAUCUACAGUGGCAAUGUAGAUAUCACACAGGAUAAUGUGCAGGAGUUAUUUGCUGCCGCUGACAUGCUAGAGUUAGACGACGUAGUAGCUGGCUGUAUCAGUUAUCUCAAACAGCAAUUGCAUUAUUCUAAUGCUCUUGGAAUUUACAGAUUUGCAGAAGUACAUAACAGACUGGAUCUUUUGGAGACUGCCCUACGCUUUAUAGAAGCUAAUUUUCCUCAAGUUUGUCAGGAGGAGGAAUUUCUGGAUUUACCCAAAGAGCAUCUUGUUCAGUUUCUCAGUAGUGAUUACAUUCACAUUGAUACUGAAUGCCAGGUCUUCCAGGCCGCGUACAAUUGGAUCGUUCACGACAUCCCUGCGCGGAGAUGUUAUGUAUUCGAGAUCCUCAGCCACGUACGCUUGCGAUUGUGUUCAUUAGCAAGCCUAGAGCGUAUUAUCCUAGAAUGCAAGGAUGCAAGUCUCAUCGUCGCGCUGCGAUCUAUACAAAAGGAUCUAGUCUCGAAUAAAGGUUGUCUGGUGCCUCUUCACGCCCAGCCUCGGAUUUGUGCCAGAAAGAACAUCCUGGUAAUUGGCGGAUCCAAGCGAGAACACUCGGCGGAUAGUUGGGGCAGAACCGCCGAGAGUACUUACGAAACUAUAGAGAAAUACGACAUAUUCACUGGAGAAUGGAGCGAGGUGGCUCCAAUCAGCAUAGGACGCAUUCUACCCGGAGUGGCCCUAUUAGACGGCAAAGUAUACGUUAUUGGCGGUGAAUUAGAAUCCUGCAUAAUCGCCAACUGCGAGUGCUAUGAUCCUCGUGACAACGUUUGGACCCCCAUCGCUUGUAUGGAAGAACCUAGAUGCGAUUUCGGUCUUUGUGCCUUGGAAAACAGCUUGUACGCGUUUGGCGGAUGGGUGGGCGAGGAUAUUGGCGGUUCUAUUGAAAUAUACGAUCCUAUCACUAACACAUGGACUCUCGAAGGUUAUCUUCCGGAGCCACGGUUCAGUAUGGGUGUCGUAGCAUACGAAGGACUGAUUUAUAUCGUGGGUGGCUGUACUCAUAAUAGUCGACACCGUCAGGAUGUGUUGAGCUACAAUCCCGUGACCAGAGAAUGGAAUUAUUUAGCUCCAAUGAUCACACCACGGUCGCAAAUGGGAAUCACGAUCCUUGACGGAUAUAUGUACGUUGUUGGCGGUACCAGUAAAAAUCAGGAGGUCUUAACAUCGGUCGAAAGAUAUUCUUUCGAGAAGAACAAAUGGACCGCCGUCGCUCCCAUGAGUAUGGGUAGAUUUUAUCCAGCGGUUGCGGCAGCCGACAGUCGGCUAUACGUCAUAGGCGGCGACCAAUCUCAAGAGAUCAACUUUUACCGCACACAGAUCACAAUCUCCACCGUCGAGUGUUACGAUCCGCACACGAACAAGUGGCACGAGUGCGCCUCUUUGCCGUCGAGCAGAGGUGAAGCGACAGCAAUCGUUACGCCUUUCUGAUUGCUGUUUCGUGGAGAUCUGUUUGUUGCUUGACGUAUUGGUUUACAUCUUUUUACUUUUCCAAUUUAUUUUCUUUUUUUGGACGUCUUUGCCUUGUCCAUCUUUGCCAAGGGUAUUGUAUCCGUUAAGUAGAUAGCCAGUCGCACUGCUGAAGGAAUUGUAGCUUUAUUAAUUUUUAAAUAUUCCACCAGCAUUUUUAAAAUAUUUAUGUAUUAAGGAGACGCUAUAUUUUGAGAAAUUGUAUUCUACUGAAGGAGAUUAUUAUUUCUUAUAGAUGUACGACGUAAUCACUAAUCAUUGAUAGGAAUUAUUAACUCGAAGAACCUAAGAAAGAAUUCGAAGUAACGCAAGAUGUAACGAAUAUUUGUAUUAAGAAUAUAAACAUCCAAAAGCUAAGAAACUCGAUACACAAAGAUUCAAUUUUAUAAUUGGAUAAAGAGUUUAGACCUUUGAAGAUUUUUAAUCAAAUAUCUUUAAUUCCAAUUCUAAAUUCGUUACGUAGAAUCUGAAAAAUUUAAUAAUAAAUCCGAAUUCAAAAGCCAAAUCUAAAUUAUAAUUUAAUUGAGGUCCCAAAGAUCUUAAAAAUCUAAGAUUAUGAAGAAUCUACAAUAUAUAUAUUGAAACAUCAAACAAUUGAGAAUAAGGCUAGUGAGAGUCAGCGCGGGUAUCAAAAUUAUUAAUGUUCUUAUAAUUAUUUAUUCAUCUUAAACAAAAUAACACAAUCAAUCGAACGAAUGUUUCAUAUAUAUAUAUAUAUUGUAUAUGUUAAUCGUUUUGUUGAUAUACAAAUAAAUUAGACAAGACAUUAUUAGGAACUGUAGAUCGGAUCCAGUGUAUUUUUCCUAUUAUUUAUUAAUAACGAAAUUAUCAUGUGCAAAUAGAUUUGAAAACAAAACCGAAUAAUGAUAACGUUCAGCGUGCAGAAAUGCUUGAAUACUUUUAUUAAUUAGCGAUAGAUAAUUUAACUAUAAUUUUAUUAAUUAUUAAGUAUUAACUAUGUACGCUAGGAACGACUGAGCCUCUAUAUAAUAGUCGUAUACCAAAGUUAUCGUAAUUUUUAUUUGUAUCGCUACAAUUUAACAAAUCUGUUAAGCAUAAUGCGUAAAAGAUUGUAUAAGAUGAAUCCAAAGAUAUAUUUAUCCUUGGAAUAUGUAAAAAUUUAAGGGUAUAAGGAUCUUCAAAAGUCGAAGAAUUACAAAAUCAAAGGGAUUCCACAAUCACAAAAUUAUACAUAUGGAAUAUGAGUAAAUAUCAGAUUUAAAAAUUUUUGAAAUAAAAGAAAUAGAAAUAAAAGGAUAAAAUUAAAAAGUCCAACAGGUCCUAUGUGAAGAUCAUGAACUAUGUUGUUUUAAAAUUUGAAUAAGUUGAAAGACCGAAAGAAUCAAUCAGCAUCUAGAAAUUGCAGAUACCGUAUCUUAAGUUUAAAUAUCCAAAAAGUAUAUAAGCGCGUCUCAAGACUCUAUUAUUCGAAAGUUCUUGAAGCCUUUAACCCUUGGCGUUUUUUUGGAACUUUGCAUCCAAAAAUCCAGAUAUUUCAGAGUAUCUUAUUGUAAUAAAAUAAACGAUAUUUCUUAAUUAGCGUGUGUGUGUGCGAAGCCGCGCGUCCAAUGUUUUGUAAAGUUUAAGGCCACAUUUUAUAAAAGAAAAAACAAUCUAAGAAUCGAAGAAUCGCCGCCGUUCUCUGUAAUUAGUCGUCAAUAUAAUAAUCCAAUUCGCCUUUGUUCAAAGGUGUUCGGUGCUACGUACGUGAACAUUUGCGGAACGAUAUUUGAUUAUUCUCAAAUUUUUCAGUACAUGGGUGAAUAUGGGUGAGAUGACCUUACUAAAUAAUUCCAUUAAUCUUCUAUACACUGAUUGUAAUUAAGUUCUUGAGCUUAUCACUUCUCAACUUUCUUCGUUGUGAGAUAAAAAGUAAUAAGAUACUUAAACGUUUCGCGCAUUUUUUUUUAUACGUCAGUUUGUAAAUCCAUAGAUUGCUAAAUCUAUUGGCCUAAUAUGCAUUAUAUAAAUAAGUUCGCGAAAAACUUAUGUUGGUGACGUGUGUGGAUUUUAUAUUUAUAAAUCUCUCUAGUAGAAAUUGUGAAUAAAUAUAUGUCUGUAAGUACAGGUAUUUUAAAACAUAUAGAUUUGAGAUUUAUGUAUAUAAUGAUAUUUAUAAUCUUACCUUGAUCCUAGAUUUCUGCAAAGUGAUAUUGAAUUGCUUCGACGAAUGAUGAAGUACUUUUAAUCAAAAAAAGUUCACGAUUUCUGCAAGAAAGUUUUUAAAAAUUUGUAGACGAUGUUUAAGACGUCUAUGAAUUUGCAGAUUUAUUUAGUCAUAUGGAUAGAGAGGACUAAUAAUUUAAUGAAUCCAGUGAAUCUAGCAAACUAUGGAUUUAUGAUUUUUUAGAUGCAGUGAUAUAUGCAUGUAUGUAUAAAUGUAUAAAAUUAAUUUUCUAUAAUUAAUUUUUAUAUCUUUAAAUAUUAGUCUUCUCUCUUUCCUUCUUUUUUUCUUAGAAAAACUAUCAAGAUAAUUGAUGGGGGCAUCUCUAACAUGUUUAUCCCUCCCAAGAAAAAGUCAUUAAAAAAAAAGUUAGAAAAUGAUAAAUAUACAGCAACAAUUUAUGUAUAUUUGUGAUCAAUCAAUAAAAACUGCUAAACUAA